AAUUUUGGGCCACAAGGUCCACAAGGAGCUGAUGGGCCACCUGGUGAGGUUGGACCUCCUGGGCGACCAGGAAAAGAUGCAGAGGUAUUUAUCU